AUGAAAUGGUGGAUAAGCCUAUCGACAGAUGAGAUGUACAAAAAAUUAGGACUUUUCCCUAUCGAAGACCACGGAAUAUUCGUGUUACAAGUGGGUCAAUUGAUUUGGGAAAAAAUCAACAGGUUGGGAGAAGAGGUAUUUAACACAUUCAUGCUGACAAAAAUGCUUGAGCGAUCAAAGGAUGAGAUUAAGUGGGCUCGAAUUAUUUACGAUCUACAGAAUGAAUAUGAAAUGGGCUUUUCACUUGUCAAUUUAUUUGAUGGUCUUAUUUGGGCAAAGGAUAAAGGUGCAGAAGGCUGCAGACCCAGCGAGGCUGUCAAGUUUCUCACAGAUGUUAAAUUUACAAGUAUGCUUGCUACCAAAAAUUCUCGCGAGGAAAUUGUCAAAAAGGUGCUGAUAAAACUUCGUGAGCGGUCGAAGGAUGAACUCAUGUGGGCAAAACUGGUUUAUAUGCUAAGAUUUCACGAAAAAGUUCCCGACGUCUUUGACGCUGUGAUUCGUCCACAGUGUGUCAAACAUAUAAUCCGAUCUUUGCGAGCACGAUUUAUUACAAGUGGCUACUUAUGGGGUCUGAUGAUGAACUGGGCCAAGCUGUUGUACAUUUUGCGUAACGACGACGAAGUGUCCAAAAUUGCUCCCGAUCUGUUGGAUUUGAUUCUAAGUUUAUGGACAAAAAAUCCAUAUGGUUCGGUUCAAUAUUCUCCACACGCUUCUGACUGGAGGGAAGAGACCUUGACAAACAUUAAAUUUACCGUUUUAAGUGAAUACGCGGAUUUUUCAAGUGACAAUCCCAACACAUUUAUGCUAAAAACGUUGCUAAAGCUAUCGCCAGAAGAAGUAGAGUGGGCUCUCGUUCUCAAUAAGCUGCAAAAGAGUAACGAUGUGCAAAAUCCUUUAUCAGGUGUGCUUGGUGCUCUUCUCCACUCAUGGAUCGCAACGCCACAACAUGCAGCUGCGAAGAAUGAUCACAUACUUAUCGACGCUUUUCGUUUUUUGCUAAAGACUAUCCGACCCCGCUCAGCAAUUCGUGACACUGCACAAAAAAUGGCGCACGAGCUGCUUUUGAAAUCGAAGAAUGCAUACAUGUGGGCUGCUUUUCUCUAUAAGCUACAAGAAGAUGAAACCUUGACCAAGACAGCUUCUCCAGUCUUUGAUAUUCUUGUUCAAAUCCAUAAGCCGAACGGAGCAAAAAUCGAUGAGAUCAAGUCAACUGUCAAUACUCUAAAAAAAACAGAUCUCACGGAAGCGAAACGCUACACAGAUAGUUUGAUACAUCCUGUGCUCGAAUUAAUACCAGAUUGGAGAUCAGAUCUAGUCACGUGGGCUAAAGUGUUAUAUCUCCUGCAAAACAUCGAAUCCGUGGAGCUUCAACCUCUUUUUUCCUAUUUAUUAGAGACCUUGGUUUAUAAAUGGGCGACAGAAUUUGGUAUCAAAGAUAAUGAAAUGUUUCUUUCAAGUGAUCAUUUUGAUGAAUUGAAGGUGUACGCACAGUUUUCGAAUGACGAUCCCAAUGUGUUACUGCUGAAUAGUCUGCGAGGCCAUUUGCACGAUGACUUGACGUUGGCUCGCCGUUUAAAUGAAGACAGGAAGAAGAAGUCGUUUUUAAUUGGUGCUUUAAGCGCUCUUCUCUGCUCAUGGAUUGGAAUGCCUUUCGAUGUGAAUACACAUAUUGAAACUAUGACAAUACUUGUUCGUGUUUAUGAGUAUCUGUCUCAUCCAAUGCGCAUUGUCGAUUACAACAAGAACCAGAAUUUUGGUGAAACCACACUGGACGCAAUUCUUGACGAAUCGGCAGAUAAAGUCAUGUGGGCCAAAUUUUUAAACAAGCUACAGAACGAUGCAUUCUUGCACGAUCUUAUUUUCGAAGUGUCAAAAGAUCUUGUGUCAAGAAUGGAAUGA